CACUAGCAUCUCCCGUCUCUCUCUCUCUCUCUCUACUGUAUUAUAUAUAAACCCUUUCUCUCUUCGUCCAAAUCAGAGAGAUACCACAGAUUGCGAAAGAUAUGUCUUCUUCGUCACUCUCCUCCAUUAUCCUCCUUCUCCAUCUGUGUUUCUGCCACGCGUCCCAAGGUGCUCAACAUGCAACAUACAUCGUACACAUGGCGCAAUCUCAGAUGCCGUCGAGCUUCGACCUCCACUCCCUCUGGUACUCCUCCUCCCUCAGAUCCGUCUCACAAUCUGCUCAGCUCCUCUACACCUACACCAACGCGAUUCACGGUUUCUCCACCCGGUUAACUCCCCAAGAAGCCGAAACGCUCGUGACUCAGCCAGGUGUCAUCUCCGUUCUACCUGAGCACCGGUACGAGCUACACACCACUCGCACUCCGCUCUUCCUCGGCCUCGACAUCCACAACGCCGACCUCUUCCCCGAAACCGGUUCCUCCAGCGACGUCGUCGUCGGAGUCCUCGACACCGGAGUCUGGCCAGAGAGCAAAAGCUUCUCCGACGUUGGAUUCGGUCCGAUCCCGUCCACGUGGAGAGGCGGAUGCGAGUCUGGAACCAACUUCACAGCCUCCCACUGUAACCGCAAACUAAUCGGAGCUAGAUUCUUCGCUCGCGGCUACGAAGCGACGAUGGGACCGGUCGAGGAGUCCAAAGAAUCGAAGUCUCCUAGAGACGACGACGGUCACGGGACACACACGUCGUCAACCGCAGCCGGAUCCGUCGUGGAGGGAGCUAGUCUGUUGGGAUUCGCUAGCGGGACGGCUCGCGGGAUGGCUCAGCGCGCUCGCGUGGCUGUUUAUAAAGUCUGUUGGGAAGGUGGUUGUUUCAGCUCCGAUAUCUUAGCUGCCAUCGAUAAAGCUAUUGACGAUAACGUCGACGUUUUGUCCAUGUCUCUCGGCGGUGGAACGUCCGAUUAUUAUAGAGACAGCGUCGCGAUCGGAGCGUUCGCAGCGAUGGAGAGAGGGAUCUUGGUCUCUUGCUCCGCCGGUAAUUCCGGUCCUAGUUCGUCCAGUUUAUCGAACGUAGCUCCCUGGAUCACCACCGUUGGUGCUGGUACGAUAGAUCGUGAUUUUCCCGCGGUUGCGGUUCUUGGAAACGGGAAGAAUUAUUCUGGAGUCUCCUUGUUUAAAGGAGACGCUCUUCCCGCUAAAACGCUGCCGUUCGUUUACGCGGGGAAAGCUAGUAACGCGACUAAUGGGAAUCUAUGUGGGACCGGGAGUUUGAUCCCGGAGAAAGUGAAAGGGAAGAUCGUGAUGUGCGAUAGAGGAGUGAACGCUAGGGUUCAGAAAGGUGAGGUGGUGAAAGCUGCUGGUGGACUCGGGAUGAUUCUGGCUAACACGGGGGAGAACGGAGAGGAGCUUGUGGCGGAUGCUCAUUUGUUACCCGCCACCGCGGUGGGAGAGAAGGCCGGUGACAUUAUCCGGCAUUACGUCUUAACCGAUCCCAAUCCAACCGCUUCGGUUUUGAUCCAAGGGACCAUCGUUAACGUCCAGCCGUCUCCCGUUGUUGCGGCGUUUAGCUCGCGAGGGCCCAAUUCGAUCACGCCGGAUAUUCUUAAACCGGAUUUAAUCGCUCCCGGAGUUAAUAUCCUCGCCGGUUGGACCGGGUCCAAAGGACCUACCGGUUUAGCUUCCGAUGCUCGACGUGUGGAGUUCAACAUCAUCUCGGGAACGUCCAUGUCUUGCCCUCACGUGAGCGGUUUAGCUGCUCUUCUCAAGUCCGUGCAUCCGGAAUGGAGCCCUGCCGCGAUCAGAUCGGCUCUCAUGACCACCGCUUACAAAACAUACAAAGAUGGAAAACCGAUCCUCGACGUCACGACGGGGAAGCCUUCAACGCCGUUUGACCACGGUGCAGGACACGUGUCACCAACAACAGCCAUCAAUCCAGGACUGAUAUACGAUCUAACGACGGUGGAUUACUUAGGCUUCCUUUGUGCAUUGAAUUACACACCGUCGCAGAUCACAAGUGUAUCGAGACGUAAUUACACUUGCGAUCCGAGUAAAUCGUACUCUGUCGCUGAUCUAAACUAUCCCUCGUUCGCCGUCAACGUUGACGGCUCUGGCGUGUACAAGUACGCACGCACUGUCACGAGUGUUGGAGGAGCUGGGUCUUACUCGGUUAAAGUAACUUCGGAGACAACAGCAGUUAAGAUUUCGGUUGAACCGGCGGUUUUGAAUUUCAAAGAAAUCAACGAGAAGAAAUCUUAUACAGUGACGUUUACAGUAAACUCGUCUAAGCAGUCUGGACCCAACAGCUUCGGGAGCAUUGAAUGGUCAGAUGGAAAACACGUCGUGGCUAGUCCCGUGGCGAUUAGCUGGACAUAGUUGUAUAAAUUAUGACAAAAUUAGAGCGCUUGAUGGAAAGAAUAAAGUCACGGACAUUGUAGUGCCGUUCUUUGUAAUAGCUCUCUGUUUCAAAGCGAAAUUAGCAUGCGGUGUGUUCUUGGGCUUUAUCUAGUAUGUUAUUGAAAUUUCUUUGUCUCUC